AUGAGAUUAUCAAUUACAUUAAUUUUUACAUUAAUUGUUUUAUCAAUUAGUUUUAUUUCAGCAGGAAAUGUUUUUUCCCACAAGCAAUAUCAAGAUUCAUUCAUUGAUUGGAUGAGAUCAAAUAAUAAAGCUUAUACUCAUAAAGAGUUUAUGCCAAGAUAUGAAGAAUUUAAAAAGAAUAUGGAUUAUGUUCAUAAUUGGAAUUCCAAAGGAUCAAAAACUGUUCUUGGUUUAAAUCAACAUGCUGAUUUAUCAAAUGAAGAAUAUAGAUUAAAUUACCUUGGUACUAGAGCUCACAUUAAAUUAAAUGGUUAUCAUAAACGUAAUUUAGGUUUAAGAUUAAAUCGUCCACAAUUUAAACAACCAUUAAAUGUUGAUUGGAGAGAAAAGGAUGCUGUAACUCCAGUUAAAGAUCAAGGCCAAUGUGGUAGUUGUUAUUCAUUCUCUACAACUGGUUCAGUUGAAGGUGUAACUGCAAUUAAAACUGGUAAAUUAGUAUCAUUAUCUGAACAAAAUAUUUUAGAUUGUUCUUCAUCUUUUGGUAAUGAAGGUUGUAAUGGUGGUUUAAUGACAAAUGCAUUCGAAUAUAUUAUUAAAAAUAAUGGUUUAAAUAGCGAAGAACAAUACCCAUACGAAAUGAAAGUUAACGAUGAAUGUAAAUUCCAAGAGGGUAGUGUUGCUGCCAAGAUUACAUCAUAUAAAGAAAUUGAAGCAGGCGAUGAAAACGAUUUACAAAAUGCUUUACUUUUAAAUCCAGUCUCAGUUGCUAUUGAUGCUUCUCAUAAUAGUUUCCAACUUUACACUGCCGGUGUUUACUAUGAACCAGCUUGUUCUUCUGAAGAUUUAGAUCAUGGUGUACUUGCUGUUGGUAUGGGUACUGAUAAUGGUGAAGAUUAUUACAUUGUUAAAAAUAGUUGGGGACCAUCAUGGGGUUUAAAUGGUUAUAUUCAUAUGGCAAGAAAUAAAGAUAACAAUUGUGGAAUCUCAACAAUGGCUUCAUAUCCUAUUGCUUAA